AUCUACAAGAACAAGUGCAUGAGGAACGGGCCCAACAUCCUCAUCGCCAGCCUGGCCCUGGGGGACCUGCUGCACAUCAUCAUCGACAUCCCCAUCAACGUCUACAAGCUACUUGCAGAGGACUGGCCCUUUGGGGUCGAAAUGUGCAAAUUAGUACCCUUCAUUCAAAAGGCAUCAGUGGGCAUCACAGUCCUGAGUUUGUGUGCCCUCAGUAUAGAUAGAUACCGAGCAGUUGCUUCUUGGAGUCGCAUCAAGGGAAUAGGAGUGCCAAAGUGGACUGCUGUUGAAAUUGUCCUGAUCUGGGUUAUAUCAGUGAUACUAGCAGUUCCAGAAGCUAUAGCAUUUGACAUGAUUACAAUGGAGUACAGAGGAAAGGAUCUUAGAAUUUGCCUACUUCACCCCACACAAAAAACAUCCUUUAUGAUGUUUUACAAGCAAGCUAAAGACUGGUGGCUGUUCAGCUUUUAUUUUUGUUUGCCACUGGCCAUCACUGCGUUUUUCUAUACUCUGAUGACCUGUGAGAUGUUAAGAAAGAAAAAUGGAAUGCAGAUAGCUUUAAAUGACCACUUGAAGCAGAGACGUGAGGUGGCCAAAACUGUGUUCUGUCUGGUGCUUGUUUUUGCCUUGUGUUGGCUCCCACUUCAUUUAAGCAGAAUAUUGAAGCUCACUAUUUACGAUCAGAAAGACCCGAACAGAUGUGAGCUUUUAAGCUUUUUUCUUGUGAUGGACUACAUUGGUAUUAACAUGGCUUCGCUGAAUUCCUGCAUCAAUCCAAUAGCUCUGUAUUUGGUGAGCAAAAGAUUCCAAAACUGCUUUAAGUCAUGUUUGUGUUGUUGGUGCCAAUCCAAAGAUCUGUUAUCCCUGGAGGAAAGGCAGUCCUGUUUAAAGUUCAAAGCUAAUGAUCACGGAUAUGAUAAUUUCCGCUCCAGUAACAAGUACAGCUCUUCAUAAAACAGGCGUAAAAGUUCAUUCAAAUCUUCAUCAUGUCCAACCAGAAGAUGGAUUAACCCAGAUGCAGGGUGACUGUUUCCAUACUAAAUAGAAAAUGAAUUAAAAAAGGCAGACAGAGCAAUCUCUCUCUGCAAAGAACCAGCUGAGGUAAGUAGACAGUAAAUAUUCCUGCAUACCAAACAGUACGUUCAUAAAUGAAAGUGCUGUUAAACAAAUGAAAGCAAAGCUCAGUAAUACCCACAUAUACUAUCUUGAUAAUUUAGUAUUAUCCUUGUUUUGCUAGUGGAUACUUUCACUUUUUGUCUCUGCUGCCUAAUUCUUUCUACUAUACCUAUGUACAUCCAUUUCUGAGCCCACCAACUGUGCUAUGCAAAGCAGUAACUUACAGCGAUUGCUUCUAACCCUGUUGCAUUUGUGUCUCUGAUUUGAUAGGUGGGAUUAGGCUGUCAGUUGGUGUAAAACAGCUUUGUCUAGUGAUAACAGUGAAGUUAGGCUGACUCACACUUGGCGAGGCUCAGGGUCCUCAAUUCUGCCUUUGGCAGGGUCCACACACCCACAAUGACUUGCCACUUUUUACAACUCUAGUAAUACUUCUGAUGAAUUUGGGAUCAGGCCCAGCAUGAAUCAUGGGCAGCUAUCUAGUAUUGCUGCUUUCUGCUCAGGGCAGGAAGCUGUAGAUUUUUCCAUUAUGGCCCAAUGAGUCAUUUAGCAUUCUGUGAAAAUUUCCGUUGGUCCAGAAUUUAUAAAAGGGUGAUGAAAACCAAAGAGACACAUACAUAAAAAAGGGAAUUUGCAAUAUGGAAGCCAGUGCUAUUCAUGCUAUUGUACUAAACUCCCCUGUGACCUCUUGAAAGUCAAGAGCCCGUAGCCUAAGAUGUUUUGAAAGGUUUUGAAAGCUGACACUUAAAGUUAACCCUGCUUUAAAUGCCACUUAUUCAGGAAAUGGGAUCUAACCUAUGUUUCUCUUACAGAGCCAAUUACAUGUUCCAUUUUCUUCAGUAACAAAAUCAGAUCCUAAAAAGUCUCCUCUCCUCAACUGUUCCCACUUCCAACUGUAGUUGUCCAGCCUGAGGUCUGUCUGAUCGUAAAACUUUGCAGGCGUAUGCCAGGUCUCGGCAGCAAUCUCAGUUUGAAAAAAUUACAGCUUUGUAUCAGCAAUAUUUACUAUGUGGGAAAGUACAAGCAAGUCAAAUGAUGUACUGCUGCUGCUGAAAAUAAAAUGUAAUUUUCAAUUCUCUUGGAAAAUAUCACACACUCCGGUAACAUCCACAGUGCCCUAUUGUUGAUAACAGUUGCAAGUAACACACACUCCAUUCACUUGAAUGUCUGAACACUAAGGGACAUAUUCUCUUUCCCAUUCUGUUUCCCCUCCACACAGCUGCCAAAACGGCAAAAGGAAGCCAACUAAAUGCUAUGGGUAUUUUUACUGAGUAUAAAGCCUUCACUUGGUCAUAGGAAAAUAGUAGUUCAAAUAUACUCAGCUGCUUCAGAGCAACUGAGCAGCAUGAAGACAGAAGAUGGACUAAGAGAUCAGCACUGUUUCUGUGCUACUUCCUGACAGUGAAGCCAAAUGGAAGCGAAGGCCUAGAUACUGUUGACAACCUGCUCUUCAAAUACCUUUCUCGGAUUAGGAUUCAAAGCAGUUUGUGUGACUGGUCACCCCAAGUACUGAUUUUUUUGGGUUUUAGCUAGGAAAAACAGGUUGAGAGUUAAGCAGGACACUCAGCAAAGCAGUAGUAAGUGGUGGUGGAAGAAGGUCCAGCUGUCAUUCACCAGCUAGGAAAAGAGUUCUUCUAAGCCGGGGGCUGUGUGAGGUAUUUCUUUCAGAAACAAGGAGUGUACAGCUUGCUGAUGGCACAGUUAUUGUCACAGUAACUGUGAAAUGUCCUUAUACAAUUGGUACUGUGAACCAAAAGGAACAUUCAUAAUACAACAGAUGUCAAAAAUAAAGUAUCUUGUCCAGAUCUUGUCCCCCAAUAGGACAUGCACAUACUAACAAGAGAUGAAGACAGUCAUUUCUGAAGCAUCUUUCGCCAUAGAGGGGUAUUAGACAGUCUGAGACUCUGAGGAAUAUGUUGCUAAUGUGAAACCCUCAGCACUGGUUCAUCCAUAUACUUGUAUCUAACAGAAGGGUGCACAGACAAAGGAGAGGAAGCUUCCUAAAGUCCAAGAAGCUGGUAGUAAUAACACGUGUCAUGAAUGGAAGACCCAAACCCAAGGACCUCUUCAGCCUAAGAAGUCUUUAGGCAGAGGCAGAAUCACCACUUUUUCUUUGUGUGAAUUGAAACUAAUGCUCUCCAUGUGUGUUAACCAGUCUGAUCUCUAUAAAUAGAUUGACCCUGAACUGAGGUAAUUGCUACGGUUCAGGUUUCCACCUGUGCAGAGUGGGACAACUUCUGAAGAUGCGUAGGAUUCUGUGUUUGUGAUGCUGAGGGAACUGCAAGUAUCUAUUAUGACUAGAUAUUUUCAAGGGCGCUCAGAUGUGGAUUGGAGAUAUUCUUAAUUUCUCUCUUGAACCUUGUAAUCAAAACUCAAUCUAAAUCCAACUGAAUAAAACCCAAAUCCCUAUGUGAACAUGCUAGUUUGACACUGAGAGCGCCUUUCUGUAGUUUAGCUUAAUCCCAUGUUAAAUCCUUCCCAAAAAUGUGUGAAGAAAAAUUGCACAAAUGCCUUUUUAUUGCAGAGAAGGGAGUACACCCAAGAACCUCAGGCAGACUAGCCAAGAUGAGAAUCAUGGUCUGCUGGUGCUUUUCUUUCUCUCAGGAUUAUAGAGUUAGAAAAACCUACCUGUAAACUAUAUGAUUUCACUAGAUGCCUGAAUCUAGGUGAAAUGAAUCCAGGACGUAUAGCCUGGACAAAAGGCUGUUCACAUUGAACAAUAUCUAGCUGAGACUCUAUUUUAAGUGUCAGUGAAAUCAUGUGGGUACCUGUUAAAUAAAGUAUUAUUCACACACAGUAUGCAUGUGGGAAGCAGAAACAUUCUCUCUAUGGAAGAAAAAUACCAUAAAAAAUUCUGAUACAUUUCUGCUAAAAGCAGAAGCAGAUCAACAUACCAGGCAGUGUGUGCAAGUCUGAACUCAGAAAGGAAAGCAGGAAAAAGAAGGAAAAACAGCAGCUAAUACUUAAGGAAAUGCUUGUUUGGAAGAGUUGCAUGAGAACAUACAGACUUAAUGUUUUUGGUUUCUUAUCAGGCUGGACCAAGCUCAAACCAAUGACCUCAAGAUUAAAAGCCCUACAUGUCUUUUCCAUGUUCGUAAACAAUCUAACCCUUCCUACUAAUAAAAUGCCUUAUCCAGAAGUCCAUACCACUGUAUUACAUACAGCUUGUAAAAACAAUCAAGUUCAGGCAACCAAUUGACAUCCACACCGCCAAGUCUUUAUUCCCUCAAAUGGAGGACAUGAAGAAAAGCAGUCUGAUGACCAGCUGCUACAAAGUGCUACCUUGAAGGUAAUGGGGAGUGAUGCUGUCAACAGCAAACAAGGGUCUCACCUUUGGUGUUUGAGUUUGCAUGUUUUAAGGACAGAUCUUUGUGGUACGUGUGUUCAUGGCAGAUGUUCCAUAGCAUCUAUUCCUGAAUGAACUACGAACUUCUUAGAUUAACAUGUCAUUUAAUCUUUCAGUAUUUCACUUUGUACAGUGGGAGAUGAAGAUAAAACUCUUCUUCACUAUAGAAAUGUUGCAAGGUUCAUCAGUGCCAAAUGGACACUUUUUCUUAGGUGUGCAUCGUUCAGUGCUAUCCUAUUUUUGGUAAGUACUGUCUUUCUGUUUGUGCACACUUUUCCCUCCUGUAUUUAUCACUGAAGUUUCUCUAACAUGUGAAAUAGUAAAUACAGAGAUGUAUAAUUUACCUGUAAGUGGAGUUCACCAAUAUGUGUUGUUCAUAUCUCUCUUCUACACAAACCCAUCAAAUGCUUGAGCACAAAUAAUUUUUCUCUUUAGCAGUUCCAGUGCCAUAUAUGUGCCUUGUAUUCCACAUGGAAGGUAUAGAGAGGUGGGCAUUUUCUACUCCUCCGUUGCCCUUCAACCACAAGAUCCCAAAGUACAAGGGCCUUGAAGGAAGAAGAAAAAAAGGCAGUUAUAAAAGGUAUGUAUGUAUGGCAUAUAUCAAAGGGCUCCAGUCACAGGUAAGUCCUAUCUCCGAGCAUUUACUCAUUCCACUACAGGUGAUCUCAAUGCUUCAGGGUGUGUCUGAGGUCUGUGUGAGCAGGAAAUUGCUUUGCUACAUUAAAUGGCUACUCUAGAAACUUCCAAAAGGACACAGAGUUUGGUGAAGUUGUACACAAACUUGCAGAUGACUUCUCUGCCAACAUCUAGAAUAUAAACACGUCAAAAGGAAGCCUCUGAAGGUGAAACAGGAUGCUGUGGUAGUGUUCUCUAGGAUAGAUAUAUAACAAAAGAACAGCUGAAGAGUGCCAUCGUUAUAGUUCUUAGGCAUGAAGGAGAGAUGGAUUCUCCAGAGUGUAGUAUCAGUGCCAGGAUUUCAAUAUUUAAAAACUUCUAGGCUCAGUCAGGAUUCACCCAGGGUGACAAAGUUUUAAGCUAGCAGUGAAAGUAAUUGGGAAAAGCAUUUUCUCAAAGAACCUCAGGAUGCGGAUAUCUUGCCAGAAGUGCCUCCAGGUCUGGUUAAGAAGGGAGAAAGACUUAUGACAGUGAUCUUUUGUCCAAGAGACCACUAUCUUAAGUGAUUUUUGCGUUCAACGUAGGAAUGUGAACCUGCAGUUUGGCCUUAUUAACCUUCCUUGUGAACACUGUCAAAUACUUUCAGCUAACCUCCUGGAGACAUGAGAUGGAGCAUAUCUAUGCAUGGCAAGCGCACUGUCAUCCCAGAAGACGUGUUGCUUGAAAUUCAAUUUGAGGAAUAAAGGGGAGGUUCAAUCAAAGUGAGGAAAAUGAAGAAGUCACCUGGUUCAAGGGAGCUCAGGGCUCACUGUGGGGUAAUGAAAGUGGAUUGAAAGAGUAAGGAACAGGCUGAAAAAGGUUGCAGAAAACAAAGUGUGUGUCUGUGUGUCUGUGUGUGUCUGUGUAAGAGCCUGGGAGAGACAGAAGAAGCGUCCUUCAGCUGAAGUUCUGUAAGGGAACAGAGAAAGUAAGAGCAUCUUCACAAGGCCUUUAAGACCCCUCUCAGUAGCAAGAAAAAGACUCUGUUACUGAUCUUAUCCAUGAUAUCCAUGUAGGCCAUGUCUUCCCAGUAGGCCAGGAGUGGCAGGAGAAUUAAUCUUAUCUGAACAAAGCCAUGGGGCCUUCUUCCUUCGAUUCGCUACCCUUAUAGGAAACAUGCUCAGGUGAAGAAUGAAAGAAGAUGGUGGACAAGCUGAACAGAAAGAACUAGCAUUGUGGCAUGAUAAGGAAACCAAGUGUCAGUGACAGCAUGUGUCUACAGAAAUGUUUGCAUUCAAGUAAGUUCUUAUCACAAAGCUGGCAUCCCUUUGUUUGCAAUAUGAGAACUCUGUGUCAGUUCAGAAAGUUGACAGAAAAUAUGUUUCUCUCCUCAUUUCCAUUUAGGAGCUACCUGAGGCUAUUGUUAAUAUUUCAGAGCAGGAUACACAACAAGCAAUUCUUUAUUCCCUUUCUUUUUUCUAGAGGUCAGCAAAUGUGUGAGUAAGAAGGAUGAAACAGAUGAGGCUACAAAAAACAUGUGGAACACAGACUGGAUACGUUUCUGACAUCCAUGUGGCUUCCUUCACAUUUGUUUCAGAUUUCCAAGCAUCCAGCAUUUCUAGCCUCAAAAAAACAAAAAAGAUUGGGAAAAACCUGGUCUGAGUCAGGUGGUGAUAUUUCAUUAAAGUCCUUAAGUGCCGUUUAAAUAGACAAACAGAAAAUCCUUUCUCUGUUCUCAGUAGGUAUAAUUUAGACAGACAGUGUGUAAUGAGGCAAGUUACUGUUGUCCAUAGUAACCCUCAGAUCCAACUCUCUGCUUGGAUGAGCUAUUCCAAAAGACUCAGUGUUACUGUUGCAUUCAAAGGUACAUCAAAGAAUAAAUAUAACUCAUAAUAGUGCUAGUAUUUCAGGGACUUUAAAAGGGGUUAAAAGAUAUACUGUCUUUUCAUGACUCUUUCUUCUCAAUGUAGCCACACAAAGUCAGACCACUUUAUUAGGUCAAUUAGUUUGAUAAAUCUACUGGGAAAAUAAUAAAACAAGUCUUCUUUCAAUUAUUUUCUGCACUCGUGAAUUUACCUGUAAUAGAGUUGCUAAUUAAAAAUAUACUGCAUCUGCAAAUUACACUGUUCCCAGUUUAGUGGAUUGUUUUUACUAUUUCAGUUCUCUCUGUGUUUAGCUAUAAACCCUGCAUAUUAACAUUGAAUAUA